CGGUUCGAUAAUCUCGAAGAAGCGCAAAACGUGAACAAAAAGUCGAAACCCGUUUUUUUCGUAUUCUACAAGAAAAUCAUCAAAACUUGACAGAUUUGAUUUUGAUCUUCUCACAACGACAGACAUGGCUACUCUCUCAACCUCCAUCGUCACACCGAAGCUUCCAGAGACUCGUUUUCUAUCAGGUUCAUUAUUGAAGCCUGCGGAUAAAUGCUUCUUGAAAAUCAGCUCCAUUGAACAUUUUCCAGGUUCCUCUGUUAGGGCUAAAGCAACACGUAACCGGCCACUUAUAGUUCGAGCUGGUGGGGACGGUGGAAGACCAAGUGGUGGAAGUAUCUUUGUUGGCGGCUUUGUUUUGGGAGGCCUAAUUGUUGGAGCGUUGGGGUGUGUAUAUGCUCCACAGAUAAGCAAGGUACUAGCUGGAGCUGGAGCUGACAGUAAAGAUUUAAUGAGGAAACUUCCAAAGUUUAUGUUUGAUGAAGAGAAAGCUCUUGAGAGGACCCGCAAGGUGCUAACUGAUAAAAUAGCACAGUUGAACUCCGCCAUAGAUGGUGUCUCUGCACAGUUGCGGGCGGAUGAAGAGCCUAGUGAAUCACUGAGCUCAGAGGAAAUUGUGGCUACCUUACAGUAAAUCAUUUGAGGACAUUCAAGAACAAAUUGUCACUUUUUCUUGUUGGUCAAGAAAUAUGAGUAUGAAGUUUUAUUAGUAUGAAAUUUGGUUAUCAGAAUUAACUACUUCUUUAUAUAACUUUUAAUUGUUGAAGGAUUCUUUUUCCUUGGUUUUGGGAAAAUGUCAGCACCACUCAAACUGGCAUGAAUCCUGAUUCCUGAUUCAUGGUUGAAAUUGAGAUUGAAUUCCUCCAAUACAAAA